AUGGUUGGAGCCGCAAGAGCUUUGGCCGCAGCCCUCUCGCUGGCCACAGCAGCCAAUGGAUAUUGGCUGAUGGGCGCAGACUUCAUCACCACAGAGCGUAUCGACCCCAUUGUAAACCCAGGGCAAGUCUCUGGCCACGUCCAUUCAGUGGUCGGAGGCAGCAACUUUGGGUUCGAGGCUUCGACAGAACUGCUCACGCAGAGCCAGUGCACCUCUGUCCCCAUCAAGGAGGACAAGUCCAACUACUGGUUCCCCCAUCUGUACUUCCAGUGGGCCAACGGCAGCUUCUCCAGCGUCAAUGGUGGCGCGGUCAUCUACUACCUCUUCCCCGAUAAGCCAGGCGCAACCAAGGCUUUCCCCCCUAAUUUCCGCAUGCUCAGCGGAAAUCCAAGGAAGCGGAGCUACGAUCCCAACAGUCACGCACAGCAAGCCGUUGAUUUCCUUUGCCUCGAUUUCAACGGACAGACGACUCGGCAUACUGGUCUCCCCGACAAGGUCUGCCCUUCUGGCAUUCGCUCCCAGGUCAAUUUCCCGAGCUGCUGGAACGGCAAAGACGUCGACUCUCCCGAUCACAAAUCCCACGUCGCCUUCAGAUCUGGAGGUCCUGACAAGGGAGAAUGCACGGACCCGAACUUCCCUGUUAGCCUUCCUCGUAUUUUCCUCGAGGUUUACUGGGGAACGGGAGAGUGGAAUGCCUUGCGCUCUCAGGCAAUGAACCCUUCUCAGCCUUUCGUCUUCUCUUAUGGUGACAGGACUGGAUAUGGAAACCACGCUGACUUCUUCAACGGAUGGGAAGACGGUGUCCUUCAGCGCGCUGUCGACGGUUGCAACUGCAACAUCUAUGGUGAUCCCCAGUGUUGCGCCGACAGGGGCAUCUUCACCCUUACCAAGGGUCAGCAAUGCAGAAUCACGAAACAGGUCGACGAAACCACCACCGGCAUGCUUCCAAAACUCCCAGGCAACAACCCUGUCCAAGAGGGGCCCGGCGACGCUAACAUGCUGAUGUCCAAUGUAAUCCCUGGAAGGAUUUCGCCGGUCUACGUUUACACCGGAGCCCAGCCCACCACCAGAGGCAAUGUCGUGAUUCCCGCCACCACUAUCGGCGGUGGGGACUCCGCGCCUUCUAGCACCCCCGCUAUCUCCAGCUCUAGCGCAGCUGCUGCUCCCUCUUCUGACGUUCCCGCACCCAGCAGUUCCCCUGCCGCCGGUCCAUCACCAUCGGACACACCUGCCUACCCUGCCCCCGGCGACGACGAAACCGAGCAUCCUGCCCCAAGUGAGCCACCUACUUCUAGCCCUGCCAUCACGAUUUCUGUUCCCGACCAUACUCCCCCCGCCACGCUACCACCAUCCCCGGUCGUUCCUUCACCUUCUCCGGAAGAGCCCGCUCCUUCCCCCGAGGAACCAGCGCCUGAGGAGCCCACCCUUUUGCCCACCGAAGAACCAGCUCCCUUGCCUACUGAAGAGCCAACUCCUUUGCCCACCGAGGAACCAGCUCCUUCACCCACUGACCAGCCAGCUCAUCCCGAGCCAGAUCCUUCCACUGAUGUCGUCGCACCCACCGAUGCGCCCACCAUCCCUGCCCCUCCUGCUUCACUCCCUCAUGGCACCAUUACCCUCGUUCCAGCACCUCCCGCAGGAUCCCCAACUAGUGCAGGCCAGGCAACGAGCGUCCGAACGUACAUCAGCACGAUUAAGGUCAAGCCGACGGCUGGAUGCAAGAAGAAGUCCCACCAUGGUCACGGCCACCACCAUGGGCACCUCAAGCCAAAGCCUGGCAAGCCCAAGCACCACUACCGCCGCAGGUUCUCUUCGUCCUCGAAACGACGAUAUGACUUUGCGGUUGAUGAUUAUUAUUACCUCAACUAACGGCCUUUUCUCCCUCUCUCGGCGAUGGGAGAUUAGGGAGCGGUGGAGGGAGAUCGGAUCCUCCAUCUUCUCCUUCUCACCUAUUGCCUUCGCCUCGUCUCCGCGUCCCUUCUUAUGACGAACCCCCUACUCGAUCCUGGCAUCGAGGGAUUCCCUUUGACGACGAUACCAUGGCCCGUUCUUUCUGUAACCCAUUCAAGUUAGAUAUGCUCGGUCAUUUCUAUUAGGUGUUACUGUUUCUUUUGGUUGGCAGCCCAGCAUCGCUUGCGAGUAGGGGCCAUCCAAUCUGCAUAUCUUUUCGCAUUGGCUUCAACCAUUUCUCAUCUGCUACUGUCUAGCUUUCAUCCCACUCUCGGUCAUUCUCUCUCGCGCAUUGCAUCGCUUCCAAUUCUCCUUGCAUAUAUCCU